AUGUUCGUUUCACGCUCUCAUUUCUGGCAGCCAUUUUUGGUAUCUAUCUUGGCCGUUUCAGUGCUUUCGUCAAAAGCGCUCCAUGUGUUUCAACAUGUUUACUCCGUUCCUCGCUAUAGCCUGGUGCUAUACCUCCCAACCUUCUUCGUUCAGGAUGUCUUGCUGUGCAUUGCGGUUUGGUUCCUGCUCCACAAGACGUCGGGUGUAAAAUCCGUUGCAGCAACUGCUUUUGCUGGGAUAAUAGUAUGCAUCGCCUUAGCCGCAGCGUCAUCGCAAAUCGGCUUUAACCUCGUCACCGGUAGCGAGAUUCGCUGGAACACCGCCAAAAGCGUUGGAAAUGACCCCGAAGGACGAAAGUUGAUGAUGAGUGGCCUGAGACCAGUCCUUGCGGUUUUAGCGUGCCUUACCGUCAUCGCAUGGUUCCUAACGCCUCAUAUAUACGCCCUGAUCACCCGCUGGGUGUCUGCGCUUUUUGAUGGAACAACAGGACCAGAAGAUUCGACCGCAGUUUUACCAGGGCCUGAUACGAAGCGGAAAUUCCGUGUAGGAAGUCCAGCUCGGAUCUGGACAUUAUGCUUCACGAUAGUAACCGCCGGAUUAUGGAUCGUUCGGCCGUCCGUGCCGUAUGAUCAUAUGUCCGGAACCCUGCCUGUCAUCCUCAUGCAGGUUCUCAUCCCUCAUCACCCUAGUUCCCACGGAGAUAUCGAGCAGCAAUUUCCGUUCCCGGACCUUCUGGAGUCAGAAUUCUGGGAAGCACCUCAUGACCAUUUCCCAGGAUGGGCACCAACUGCCUCCCACGCUACCCCAGAAACGUAUAUUCGGCCUCAACCUUGGUGGUCGCUUAGUCGGUUACCUCGAGGAUUCCAGCGGUGGGCAGAUCCGACUAACUUUGCAAAGAGUGGCUCGGAUGGGAACAAGGAUGAAACCACGCCUUAUUACAACCCGGUAACUGAUCCUCUGAAGAUCUCAAACUUGGAUCUGCCGAUCUUGGAACCGUUGAAACAGGCUUUACAAGACCAUGACAUCCCAAUCAACCACGUCGUGUUUGUUUUGAUGGAAAGUGCCCGAAAGGAUCUGUUUCCCUUCAAGGCUGGUUCUCCUCUCCAUGAGAAGAUCCUCGCCUCUCAUGACACUACGGACGAGGCUACUGUUCAAGAGAUCAACGGGAAGCUAUCUAAACUCACGCCGGUUGCCGAACAACUUACGGGACAGUCAUCUGGACUCUUCGCAAAGGACUCGGCUGGUCAAUCCAAACUGGGCGGAAUUGACAUUGAAGGAGUUUCUACAGGCAGUACCCUUUCCUUCAAAAGCGCCGUGAUGAAUUACUGUGGUGUACAGCCGCUGCCUGUCAACUUCAUGAAAGAAGCAGAAUCAGAUAUCUAUCAGCCAUGCAUCAUGCAGAUUCUCGACCUGUUCAACCAAGGGAAGAGUGAUAAGACCGAUGCUGUGCAUGACCGCAAAUGGAAGUCUGUCUUUCUGCAGUCGAUCACCGGACGCUAUGAUAACCAGAAUGUUCUGAAUGAGAAUAUGGGAUUCAAUGAGUCCAUCUAUAAAGAGACUCUUACCAACAGCCACUCCAAGCAUUACCACGUGCCGAUGGAGAAGAUCAAUUACUUCGGGUACCCGGAGCCUGAAAUAUACCCGUAUAUCCAAGACGUGAUUAACGACGCUGUGGAGAACAAGACCCGGCUGUUCUUGUCUCACUUCACCAGCACCACUCAUCAUCCUUGGGGGACUCCGAAUGCGUUUGAAUAUAACGACUACUUUUCGAAAGAUAGUGUUCUGGGGAACCACCAGGAUAUGAACUCAUACCUCAACGCCAUCCGUUACGUAGACACCUGGCUAGGCGAAGUCAUGAAGCUCCUAGAUGAUUCUGGAAUCGCCAACGAAACCCUGGUAGUCCUCGUGGGAGACCACGGCCAAGCCUUCCAAGAAGACGCCCCCAUCUCCGGAACCUACCAAAACCCACACACCAGCAACUUCCAAAUCCCCCUCGUCUUCCACCACCCCCUCCUCCCCCGCAUGCAAAUCACCGCAAACACAACCUCCAUCUCCAUCCUCCCCACAAUUCUCGACCUCCUUAUCCAAACCAAAUCCAUCAACACCCAAGACACGGACAUCGCCUCCGACCUCCUCCACCAAUAUGAAGGCCAGUCCCUCAUCCGCCCCUACAAAGUCACCCACAACGGCCGGCAGGCGUGGAACUUCAACGUUAUCAACCCCGGCGGCGAGAUUUUGAGCGUGGGAUCUGCGGCGGCGCCGUAUAGGCUUAUUAUGCCCAUGACGGGUGAUUUUGAGUAUAAGUUUGUUCAUCGGGAGAAGGACCCCGAGGAAGUGAACGGGAUUACGGAGUGGGAGGUUGAGAUGUUGGCUGAGCAUGUUAGACAUGUCUAUGGGGAUGAGGCUGCGAGGUGGGUUGGGGAGGCUGAGAAGGUUGGGAGGUGGUGGAUUGGGGAGAGGUGGAGGUUGUGGGAUUAUGACGAGGAAUAA